GAGUCAAAAAAACUGCUACUGAGGAGUGACCUAUCCUUCCCCAAUGGAUUUGAUGUAAAGAGAUCAAAGUCGCCGCUCGGCUUUAUGGACUCUCAGCAAUGACUUCACCGCUAAAUUACACGUAGAGCGACGCAUAUCGUCGCUGGUCUUCCGUCCCACCCAAGGACGCCAUUUUUGGUUCCCCUGCUCCCUUCUCUUGAUACCUACCCGCUGCCAACGAUCCCACCUAACUCUCUUCUCCACCGUGGAAAAAGCCCUGUCUUCCCCACUUCUUGAUCCGAAAUGCGCUGAUUCGGCCUUCGUGGGCUCUGAAUUGGGGAACAGAGGAUGGCUUCCCAGUCCCUGGCAGCGGCAACCGCUGGUCAUGGCGGUGCCCGUUGCGGUCGCCAUCAUGUGGGGUGGAGGGCUCUGCCGAACUUCGCGGCUCCGGAUUGGAGACGGGAGGGGGCGCGGGGCGGGAGAUUGCGUUGUGUCGGUGUCUGUCUGAAGCCCGUGGAAGAUGACAACUUGUCUCCGUCAGCGGCACCGGUGCCGGCGCCGCCUUCUCGGCUGUCGGCGGACCAGGCGGUCGAGGAAUCGAGAAAAUGGGGUCGCGAUUCGGGUUUGCUUCCAAAGCCAUUGUCAUUGACUGAUCUCUCUGUUACUGAGAAAGGAUCUAAAGUACGUGUAGCAUAUCAGGGUUUACCUGGUGCAUUCAGCGAGGCCGCUGCCCUGAAAGCAUACCCACAGUGUGAAGCUGUUCCAUGUGAACAGUUUGAGGUUGCAUUCAAGGCUGUAGAACUUUGGUUAGUCGAUAAAGCAGUUCUUCCAAUUGAGAAUUCAAUGGAUGGAAGCAUUCAUCGGAAUUAUGAUUUGCUUCUAUGCCAUAAUUUGCACAUUGUGGGUGAGGUGCAGUUGUCUGUCAACCACUGUCUUUUAGCUUUACCAGGUGUGAAGAAGGAUGAGUUGAAACGCGUAUUAAGCCACCCACAGGCACUUGGCCAAUGUGGAAUUGCAUUGAGCAAAUUGGGUGUUAUUCGAGAAAGUGUCGAUGACACUGCUGGUGCUGCUCAGCUGAUAGCUUUAAAAGGUUUAAGGGAUGCAGGAGCAAUUGCAAGUGCCCGAGCUGCAGACAUCUAUGGGCUUCAUAUACUUGAGGAAAAUGUGCAGGAUGUCCCAAAAAAUGUUUUAAGGUGUCUUGUUCUUGCUCGUGAACCUAUACUUCCCAGGACUGAUAGGCCCUUUAAGACUAGCAUAGUGUUCACUCUUGAAGAAGGUCCUGGAGUAUUAUUCAAAGCACUGGGGGUUUUUGCUCUGAGGAAGAUAAAUUUGACAAAGAUUGAGAGCAGGCCCCAAAGGAAUAACCCUCUUAGGGUUGUUGAUGACCUGAACCAUGGUACAGCCAAGUACUUCGAUUAUCUAUUCUAUAUUGAUUUUGAAGCAUCCAUGGCUGAGCCUCGUGCACAGAGUGCUUUGUCCAACCUCCAGGAAUUCGCGACCUUCCUUCGUGUGCUUGGAUCUUAUCCAAUGGACACAACUCUGUAACUGUGUCGACAUCUUGCAGCUUGAUUCUUCCUAGCAGCUUGAAAUCGAGAAUGUACCUAAAGCCAUGAAAAGAAAGUGUGGUUAUAACAUUUGCGUCCUCCAGGAGUCGAAGUAUUUGGAAUCCUAUUUCCAUUAGGUGAUAAAUUUUACUUGUUUGAAGUUCUUUUUAGUUCUUUGCUGCCCGAAAGAUUCAGAAAAGCACAUCAUCCAUGCAGGAGAGCACCUGAUAAUUGAACAUGCACAUCAUUGUACUUUCGGCAAUAGCCAUAUAGUGAUUGUUAGAAAACCUCAAGGUUUAUAUCUUCUAGUUUUUCAUUAAUAAGUAUAAAAUAUAUGUUUGUGAACAUCAGAUCCAGACUGAAACUAUUACAAUUCUUUAAGACUGAUUUAUACUGUUCUUA